UGGCUGCUGUGUGAGCGUGAGCAUGAGCAUGAUUCGCUGCAUCUGAAUCUGCUCCCACAAUUCAACAGGCAACAAAGGAAGAGGCCGUAAGCUAAAAACUGUUAGCCAACCUAGAGAGAAAGAUGUCACCUUAUUGUGUCAUACUAGUCGGCAAUGAAAACCCGUACGUUUAGAGAAGGACCAAAUCCGGCUACGUGAACGCUUUAUACUUUCGUUUGGAUGCAGAAGCUGGCGGAAGGAAAGCAAAUGAAAGGAGGUGGAAGUGGAACUUGACCCAUCCAACUGAGUCACCAUUUUCCUGCACAUAAUGGCUUUGAUGGCUCCACUGUAUGCAUGACUUGUUUCGUGUGGCCUGAUGGGAGGACAGUGUGGAUAGUACUUUCAUCAGGAUACCAGGAGAGCCAUCCCAUGCCCCCACUUUGGAGGGCCUGUCAGAAUGAAGAAGAUAAGCCUUAAAACCAUCCGCAAGUCCCUCAGCAUAAAGGGCAAAGAGGAGGGUGAUUUUGUCAUGCUCCAGCAGCCCUCUGUGACUACAGAGUAUUCUAAGGAAGAGUCACUUUUUGGGGGCUGCUACACCAAAGAGCUUUCUGGCUGUGACCUUGGUGGUGAAGAGGACAAAGGUGGCCAGAAUAAGGGCCGUUCAAAGAGUGAGACCCUGAUGGGAUCACUAAAGAGGAGGCUGUCUGCCAAGCAGAAGGCGAAAGUGAAAGGCAGCCCCUCUGCCGUAGGCUCGGCGGAUGACGAUGACACCUUUUCUUCCUCCUCUGUGCCCAUCAGCUUCAAUGAGGUAAAAGCCCAGAGACCCCUUAGAUCUUCAUCUCUACGGAGUCACCAUUAUAGCCCCUCACCGUGGCCUCUGCGGUCUGUCAACUCUGAUGAGGCGUGUAUCAAGAUGGAGGUAAAAGUUAAAGCCAUGGUUCACUCUCCUAGUCCAAGUCCCAACUUAAAUGGUGUUCGGAAAGAAUUUCACGAUUUCCAGAUGGAAGGGCUCUUUCAGGACCAAGCAGAAUCCUUAAAGAAUCUCCAGCAGCCUCAAAACGGUGAGCUGCAUCUAAAUAUUGAUGAAAAUGACGUGCCUGUGGUGCUUGGGUUGACUCCCCAGGACUACAUCCAGUACACAAUGCCUUUAGAUGAGGGAAUGUACCCGGAAGGGUCCCACUCCUUCUGCCUAGACAGCUCCUCUCCUAUGGAGGUGGGGACUGAAGCAGACAGUGGGUCCGUCCACACAGACCAGGGACAGGAGGACCAUGAACUAGUUAGUGGGAUUCCUCCGGAUCUCUUCAUGGAAACCUCAGUUAGUAGUCUUCUCGUCAGUUCUGCCGGUGUGAUGCUCCAUAGCUCUAGAGUAGAGGUCCCACCUCCCCUCUCUCCCCUCCUGCCGCCCAUAACAAGUAAUGGACAUAUUCCCAGGACUUUUUCAGGGUUCAGUUCUUCAGACAGCCAGGUAGCUGAGAGGGUAAGACACCACCUCAACUUUGACCCAAAUUCAGCUCCCGGGGUCAGCCGGGUGUACGACUCAGUCCAGAGCAGCGGGCCCAUGGUUGUCACCAGUUUGACAGAGGAACUGAAGAAGCUGGCGAGACAGGGCUGGUACUGGGGGCCCAUCACCCGCUGGGAGGCGGAGGAAAAGUUGGUCAACUUGGCUGAUGGCUCAUUCCUGGUCAGAGACAGCUCAGACGACAGGUACCUGCUCAGCCUGAGUUUCAGGUCACAGGGCAAAACCCUGCACACCCGCAUCGAACACUCCAACGGACGCUUCAGCUUCUAUGAGCAGCCAGAUGUGGAGGGACACACGUCCAUUGUUGACUUAAUCGAACACUCUAUCAAAGACUCAGAGAAUGGAGCUUUUUGCUAUUCCAGGUCUCGCUUACCAGGGUCUGCAACCUACCCUGUCAGAUUAACCAACCCAGUAUCUCGGUUUAUGCAAGUGCGGUCCCUGCAGUACCUUUGUCGCUUCGUCAUUAGACAAUACACAAGGAUAGACCUGAUCCAGAAACUGCCCUUACCUAACAAGAUGAAAGAUUACCUGCAGGAGAAACACUACUGAGGACACAGAGAUAGGACAGUCGUGGCAAUUUGCACUUUUGUGUUCAGUUAAGAGAUUUAAAACAAGGUUUACAGACAACCACAGGUUUAAGAUGAUUGGUUUUGGUGGCUCUUGAUUUGUGCCACUCUUUAGUCCUCCAUUCCACUGUUCUGUGAUUGUUCGCUGGUUUUAGGAGUCUCUACUUCUAGAAACAUAGGCCAGCACAUAAUCUACUGCAAAAAAUAUAGCAGAGAUGUACGGCCAAGUUAUCUUAGUCGCAUACAUUAAGUGCAGACAUUAGACAUGCAUUGUGAUGUAUGGUUAAGUGUAACAUCCAGCUGUGUAAGUAGAGCAGAUUCAUCAUACAUUUGCCAUCUGCUUUAAGUUGGGCCUGUAGGAAAAAUAAAAUUUGUAUCCACUGAAUUGUACAUUUCAAGGAUGGAAAAGUAUUGCUACAAGUACGUGUUUUUUUUUUUUUGUUUGUUUUUGUUGUUUUUUUUAAUCAAAAUUUCAGCUUUCUGCAGACCGACAAAUUUUGAUCAUCUUGUGCAAUGUUAACAUCUUUUUCAGCAUUCAUGGACUGCAAAUGAGAACAGCAUUCUGCAUUUAUACUAUGCAAUUGUCGUUUAACAAGCGAUGAUGGCCAACCCAUGAUUUUCAUGUUCACCAGAUUUCUGCUGAUUCACAAACUGAACUUGUUAUCCAGUGGAUGCAUUUUCUUCCAAGUAUUAUUAGACUCUGUCAUGGCAUGCUACACCUGACGUACUACAAAUACACGUGCGCUUCAGUAUGCUUAGACAGGUGCAGGCUUUAUUUUUGAGUUUGUGACUUUUGUUUCAGAGUAACGAGGGUUUACCAGGUCCAUUAACAACACUUUGUUGCAAAAGAUGUCCAAAAUUUGACAGUCUGUGAGAGGGUUUAAACUGUUUGGUCAGAGAAGUAGCCUUAAAUUGUAUGGCUGCAUGUAGCCAUUAUAUAAUUGUAGCCUGAAGGUACUGAUGAUGCUGGAUUUUAAUCUGCUGUUUGUAAAAACAGCAUCAAGUUGAUGUAUGAACCUUUUUGAAAUGUGUUAACAUUUAAAGUUAAAUCCUUCUGCAUUAGGAAUGUUAGAAAAACUGCACUGCAGCUCAGGCCUAACAACAUUGUCACUAUCUGUAAUGCUUGUAUCUGCAUGUAGUAGGCUUAAGACUGUCAAUUAAGGGCACUGUAUGGCAACCCCAAAUGAGAGAUGUCACAGUAAAAGGGUGAACGAUGUUGUCUAAGCGCAACUGUAAUUAAACGACUGUUUAAUGCAAAAUUGCAUUUACCUGAGGCAGUUUAUAAGUAAAGAAAGUUGACCUCAAUUAACCUACAACUGGGGGGGGGGGGGAAACUUGUCAAUACACCUUUAGCGGUAUGUAGGAUGGCUGUUUCUUAGUCUCUUAAUGCCAGCAGUGAACUGGACCCAGAUCCAAGGAAUCCCAAAAAUGGGAGUGAGCAUUUGUAAAUGGAAUUGGGAAAGCCAGGGUUUCAGCAUAUGACAAAAGGUCCAUCACAGCUGCAUGGUUGCAUCAUAAGUGUCAUAUGGGUUUCGAGGACAUUUAAGAAAAAGCAAAAAGCAUAGAGUUUUUUGCCAUUGUUCAUUCACAUUGUCCCCACAGAGCUGCACUACCACACAGUUUCUCUACUUGGCUGUUGGUGCCAGAGCAAAGGGAAGAGCACACAGUAUGCUACGCAAGUGCUUUAUAUGGAUACUUUGACAGGGAAUUGUGUUUUCACAUAAUGAAUGAGCAUCUUUUUUGACAUCGGUGUCCUUUAAAAGUAUUUGGAAAACGAUCUCUUGGGCAACAUUGGUAGGUCGUUAGCGCGUAGUUCUAGUUUUAGUAAGCUGGAAAUGUCGGUGUCUGAGGAAGUUGACCAUGAAUCUAGCACAGCAGAAAUUAGAUAGGAACUUUGAACGGUGUUGCAUGUUUAAAGACUAGUGUUUUAAAGCUUUGAGUUGUGUAGGAAUGAAGGAUCUAGGUUGUGUUUGGCUGUGUAGAGGGAUGUAUUUUUUUUUUUUCUUUCACAAACAUUGGCUGGACAUUCUGUGUACAAGAAAUGUAUUUUUUCUUUUAUAGAAUCAUUUAUGUGAGAAAAAAAAAUUGUGACGUUUGCCAUCUGGGGGACGGGGGCUGUACAAAAGGAAUGUACGCUUGUUUGAGGUAUCCAUUUAAUCUGCCUGCAGACCGGUCUCAGAAAGCAUGAGGAUCAUAAAAACUACAUUGUGAGACUUUUUUUUUUUUUUUGCACUUGGAUAUUCUCCAUUGAAAUGCUUGGAUCCUCUUUCUGCCUAGAGUUAUCCUUCAGAUGGCAGUUUUGAAAAAGAAAUGUAGUCACACACACAUUUGUCCUUCUGUGUUCAUGUAACUGUUUAGAUUAAAAUAGAGAUUGUUUUGUUUUUGUCGUGUCUGUGGGAUAUAAAGGGGAAGGCACCAGCAUCACAUCGAAGCCUCUGUUCAUGCUCAUGGGCUGUCGAGGAAUGGGAUCAUGGCAAGAAUGUGGACGCAAAUUUGAUUUCACUUUUUCUUUUGAGUGUGCGUGUAUCUGUUUCAGUCGAAAUGUGAAAGUAAAAUGUUUUUUUAAUACAAUGUCCUUUUAAUUGUA